GUGCAAUCACGACGGGCGCACAGUGAUUGGCCAGUUUGGAACUGAAGCAGAAAUUUGAAAUUAUUUAACAGCGGAGAGAGGCGGAGGAAGGAACAGAAGCAGGCCUCCAGUUUGAGGUAUCUGCUCUGCUCUGUUGGAAGAGGAUCUGCUCCAGCAGAGGAGGAGUUGGUGCCAUUUUUUAAAAUGGCUGACGAUAAAUAUUCUUUUGACGUCCCUGAUCGUAUCAACUUUGAAGACGAUAAUGAUGGUGUUGAUGCUUGGUUUGAUCAUGUGAGACCACAACUGUUCACUCCCAAGGGAGCAUUCGCACAGAGAACGUCAGCAGAAAGGGCGAUGCUCCCGCACGCCAUCAUCACGCCGAUCAUGGAAGCCAACGAUAAACUCCCAGACAACUCGACAUCUGCAGCCAAUGAGACAUCUCCAGCUAAUGAGGCAUCUGCCGCCAAUGAGACAUCUGCAGCCAAUGAGGCAACCAUGGCAGCUUCUGGCCGGACCUCAAAAAGAGCGGCAAGGCGGAUCUCGGCUCAUCGGAGGAGUGCGCAAAGAAGAAUAAUGGCCAAAAGUCAGGCGGACAAACGUGCUGCCACCUUGGCCAGCAAGCAGGAGCCACCUCCGCAGAAGAAACAAAGAAUAUCCGCUCAGAGGGUGAAUCUGGGGGAAACACCCUUGGCCAAACAUCCAGUCACACCUGCAACACCAAAAAGGAGGAAUCCCUCUGCCAAGGGGAAGACGACCGAGGAGAUGGAAGUCCAGAAGAUGCACCAACUGCAGCAAGAGGUGGCUGAGCUGCGCCGGAGGAAUGAGGAGUCUCUUCGAGUAGCCAUUGCUGGCCCAGGACAACCUAUGAAAGUGGCAACCAACAGAUCAGUAACAAAGCCAGUAGACUUUCAUUUCUCCACGGAUGGCAGGAUUAAGCAGCAUGGGGAGCCUGGCGCAGAAUACAAGGAGGUAGACUUCGUGGCGGCCCUAAGGAGACACCCACCAUCUCCGGCCCGAUUGCCAAAGGGACCCACAAUCCCAAAACCAUUCAAUCUGUCCCAGGGCAACAAAAGAAAAUUUGACGAAACCCACGAAGAAUACGUGUCUUUGGCUCAGCAAGUCCAAAACUUCCAGAAAGUCACUCCCCAGCGUUACCACCUGCGGAGCAGGAAAGACAACGAAGGCACAAACAGACCUUUAAAGCCCAAGUUGACCAUGGCGAAAACUCCCCGCCUCGAAACGAAGGCGCGUUCCAGGCCUGCCACCUGCAAGAGCUCUGCUGAGCUGGAGGCAGAAGAAAUUGCCCGGCUGCAGCAGUACAGGUUCAAAGCCCAGGAGCUCAACCACCGGAUCUUGGAAGGUGCUCCUCUGUUGCCCAAGAAGCCGCCAACCAAAGAACCCACCAAACCCAUUGGCUUCAACUUGGAGAUAGAGAAGCGCAUCCAGGACCGUGAGAACAAAAAACCACAGGAGGAGGAGGAGCACUACGAGUUCCAUUCGAGGCCGUGCCCUGUUAAGAUCCUAGAGGAUGUGGUGGGCGUUCCAGAGAAAAAACCGGUUCCCCUCACAGUUCCUAAGUCUCCAGCUUUUGCCUUGAAGCAUAGAGUUAACACCUUGGCGAGAGAAGAGAAAGAGAAGGAAGAAGAGGUGGUUCCCGUGAUUAAAGCCAAGCCGGUGCCUCACUUUGGGGUGCCCUUCAAGCCAAAGCCCACAGAGCCAAGACAGGUGGAACUGUGCCCCUUUUCCUUCGACUCCCGGGACAAAGAGAGGCUGCUCCAGAAAGAGAAGAAAAUUGAAGAGCUUCAGAAAGAAGAGGUCCCCAAGUUCAGAGCUCUCCAGCUGCCCCAUUUUGAUAACGUCAGCUUGCCAGAGAAGAAGGUGAAGAGUCCCACCAAGCCAGAGCCCUUCCAGCUGGCAGUGGACAAGCGUGGGGCGUUGCGGCAAGAAAUGUGGCAGCAACAGUUACAUGAAGAGCUGAAGAGGCAGAAGGAGGCUGCCUCUUUCAAGGCACAGCCUUGCAUUGUGGUCAAGCAGGAGCCCUUUGUACCAAAGAAGGAGUGCAAGACCCUUAUAGAGGCUCUUUCUGAUUCUGCAGCUCCCGAGGGCUUUGAGCUGGCGACCGAGGAGCGCGCCCGAAAGCGGCAGGAGUAUGAGAAGCGCCAGGCCGAGCAGGAGGCCCUGAAGGCACAACUCCAAGAAGAAGCGAGGCGCAUUGAGGAGGAGCGGGAGAAAAAGGAGGUGGCCAGACUCAGAGAAGAGAUGGUGCACAAGGCCAACCCCAUCCGGAAAUACCAGACUGUGGAAGUCAAGGGCAGCGAUCAGCCACUGACUGUCCCCAAGUCUCCGAAGUUCUCUGACCGAUUCCACCGUUGACGAGACACCACCACCCUCCGCCCCAAAUGCCCCUCUGCCCAGGAAAUAAGAGGACCUCCUUCCUUGCCCUUGGACUGUUAACUGGCUGCCUUCAUACAGACGUUUCUCUCUUAAAACUGCCACUGGCCAGUUUUUGUUAUGUCUCCAUUUUGUGGAUUAAGUAUUCUGACUAUGUUCCUUUCCAGACUGUGUUUGCAUUUUAGAGUGACUCGUGUUUUUUUUUUCAGAGGAACCUUGUUAUUUUUAUCUUGACUAUUGUAUACCUAAAAGUAAAUAAAGUGUUCUUACUGGGCAUGCUUCCCUCUGCCCCUUGGGAGGGCGAGGUGUCGUUUUUCUGUAUGGAACCAUGUCCCUUUGCAGACCCUGUGUGCAUUUUAGAGUGACUUGUUUUUUUCCAGAGGAACCUUGAUAUCUUAAUGUUGACUAUUGUAUAUUUGAACAAAAAUAAAGUGUCUUUUACAGGGCAGGCUUCCUUCUGCCCCUUGGGAAGGCGCAAGGUGCCGUUUUUCUGUUUCCCUACCAAGUAUGAAACCCUGCCCCUGCCCGCACUUCUCACCCCUCCGCUCCCCCUCUGUAAAUAACUUCUCUUGGCUUCGGAUUGCCGCGCUGAGAGCUCCUUCGUGUUUCUGUGUGACCCUCUCAUUUCCUGGCCUAAGUGCCCCUGCCUCACCUGCUGGGUCUGAUCAAGGGACCAAGUUUUAAAAUAAACUUUUAUGUGGCUGUUACAUAAA